ACUUGGUAACUACCCUGGGAUAUUUGUAGCGGACGCUUCAUUUUUAUACCAAUAGGUGGCAGUGUGAGACCAUGGUUUGGCCUGUUGUUAGCAGCCUGAAGCGCAUGCUCCGCGCUGUUUUCUCAAAAUGGCGGAGUAUUCAGGAAACGGCAAGCCACGUCUCCCUGUCUGAUCAUUUCUCUCCUGUUUACAGGACACAUAUAUAGCUGUCUACAGGUGCUGCCACCCGGUACCUGUAACAGUUUUCUGGGGGCUCGUCCGGGAUCAGUCCUGCCUUUGAGGCUGGGAGCUGAUCCAGUAAUACCGGUACUUUGGGCCAAGAGUGGCAAGAAAACACCAACAACUCCAGUCUGCUGGUUGUUACCUACACCUGCUGCUGCCUGAUGGAGAAUAGAUGCAACUGAUUGUGCAGGAAAUGCAUUGGCCAUGUGUCACAACUAGUGCAAUGGACAAGAAGUAAGGAAAAAAAGACAAAUAAGGACUGCUUGGUGCUGCUUGGUGCUGCUUGGUGCUCGGACCAUCGCCCAUCAAGGCAAAAACUGUACGAAAGCUGACAUUGUGUGACCCACUGCAAGGGAUAGGGAAGCAACCAUGGCGGAAGAUGAGAGGAGGAGCUUGGUGUGGGCCAUCAAGAAAGACCUUCUCACCCUCUCUGCUGAUGAACUGUUCCAGAUUGCCAAGUCUCUGGGUCCAGUGCCAGGAGUGGAUCAGUCUUGCCUUAAGUCAGGGGAUGAAGACAGCUGCUUCGAGUACAUCAGUGGUUUCAUGUGCAGUAAGGCUUUAUUAGAGUCAGAAGAUCAGGGCAUGUCACACUUAUUGUCACUGAAAGAUGUUGUUGAUGCUGUUACCCAGGGUCAUGUUUCUGAUUUGCAGAUACAGGCUGCCACUGGUAAUGAUUCAUGUGAUCUAUGUCCAAAUGCUCAGCCUCAUGAUGUCAGUGUUGAAGUGAGUCCAACUAAUGCAAUGUUUUUAGAAGAUGGUCAUAAUAGUGGUACAGAAGUAACUGACAGUGUGACCCAGAAUACCAGCUCUACUGCUGUUUCCCAACGUGAUAUAGAACUACAAAAAAUACUCUUCAGUUACGAAGAGCUCUCUAAGAAAAUUAAACAGUACAUGCCCACAUCAGGUUCUCAACUCACCUCUCAGACACCAUCACAGGCUCAUUGUAGAAGCACACCACACAAUGACAGCUUAGCUGAAACUCAAGCGCCCAUGAGACAUGACAAGGUGGUGUCCCUAAGAGACUUGUCUUACCUCCAUCGCAGGGAGUUUAAGAUUCACGGGGGCCAGAUUGGAGACCAGGGAUCAGACAUCAGUUAUAACAGCAUCUGCCGCCAGAUUGAAGAGGGUCUCAAAGAACAGUUUAAUGAUGCCGAAAUUGUGAGGGCUGUCAUGAGAGUUAUCAAACCUGGUAAUUUCAAAGACAUGCUAAUGAACAAGGAUGAACUGACAGUAGAGGAGCUUAAAGACUUCCUCCAUUCUCACCUUGGUGAGCAAAACAACACAGAACUCUUCCAGGAACUCAUGUGCACCAAACAAAGUGACAGUGAGACACCACAACAGUUUCUGUAUCGAGUCAUAGGUCUCAAACAAAAGAUCUUGCUCACCUCGAAGCAUACCAACUCAGAUGUAAAGUACUCAGCCAGUACAGUUCAGGAUGUAUUUCUUCAUACUGUGUAUCAUGGACUGGGCCACAAACAUAGUGACAUUCGUAGAGAGUUAAAACCACUCCUUGCAGAUGCCAAUGUCACAGAUGAGGCUAUCCUUAAGCAAAUGAAGAAAGUAAUGAGUGAUGAAAGUGAAAGACAGCGUCGUCUAGGAUCAGUCACCCGUCAGAGAAACACCAAUGUGCACAGCACACAAGUUGAGAUUAACGGUAUGCAGUGUCCUGUAUUGAAAGAGGAAAAUGCAGGAAAAAGACCUAAGGUGGAUAUGAUCCAGCAGCUGUCAGAGAAACUGGAAAAACUUGCAAGCAUUGUUGAACAAAUGACACAGUCACUACAAAUAACAGCUGAACAGAGCAGCCAGUACAAGAAAAUCAAAACCGAUCACCACAGAGAAAGAAAGUAUGGCUGUGAAAAGUGCAUAGAACAAGACCGCCCCGACUGUCCCCACUGUUUUCACUGUGGUGAGGAAGGCCACCGCGCAGUUGGCUGCAUGAAGAAAACAAUACGUCAGGGAAACGGGAGCCGGUCCCUAAAGAAAGAUGGCAGUUUACGCUUAUGCACAGACUAUCGCCUUCUGAACAAAAAGACUGUUCCCGAUCGACACCCACUGCCCAGGAUACAGGAUCUGAUUGAUACUCUGGGUGGGUACUCGUGGUUUAGCAUCUUAGACCAAGGAAAAGCUUACCACCAGGGUUUUGUAGCUGAGGGCUCUCGCCACCUCACUGCCUUCAUAACACCAUGGGGUCUUUAUGAAUGGGUUCGCAUCCCAUUUGGUCUCACAAAUGCCCCAGCUGCUUUUCAGCGGAGCAUGGAAGAGAUGCUUGGCUCUCUUAGAGAUGAAUGUUGCAUCCCAUACCUCGACGAUGUACUUUGCUAUGCAAAAACAUUUGACGACCAUGUUGAGACCCUCCGCAAGGUUCUCCAGGCACUCCAAGAACAUGGAGUAAAAUUGAGGCCGGAGAAAUGUGACCUCUUCAAACAAGAAGUCAGAUAUGUGGGUCAGCUUGUGUCCGCUGAAGGAGUCAAAAUAGACCCGGCAGACCUGGAGGCUGUCAAAACCCUGACAUCUAAGACACCUCAAACAGUUGGUGAUGUGAGGAAGCUGGCAGGCUUUCUAAGCUACUACCGCUCGUAUAUCCAGGAUUUUUCCCGGAUAGCUAAACCAAUAGCUAAUCUAUGA